AUGUCCUACACUAUCCGUCUCCGUGUUGAGAACAGCACCUCCGACACCCUCACGGUCGUCGAAAAGACCUGCUGGUACUACGCUAACGGCUGCACCUGGACCGAGCAAGAUGGCCAGCAUGUACUCUUCAUGGGAGGUAGUGGUACCUCUGGAAUGCUUCGCUUCAAGUCCUCCUCCGGCGACUUAUUUACUGUUGCGCUUGGCAUGCACAAUUACAACCCAUGGCGCGGUUUGCUGGUGGACCUGCGGGAGGAUGAUACAGCAUUGAAGUUGCAUCCAGAAUACUACAACGGCGGCAAGUUUUCGCACCUGCCUGAAGGGGUGUACAGCCUUGAGACUACCCAUGGUGCAAAGGUUGCGGUUAAUCUCCAGAGGAAGGAUGAAAAUGAGGUGUUUGCUGUUUUGCAAUACUCCCCUGCAGAUGUUGAGACUCUUACAGUAGUCAACCCGCGAGUUUACUAG